UGCAAAAAAAUUGACAUUAUUUGGAUAGUUCAACUUAUUAUUCAAUAUUUUAAAGAAUACAAUUUCUUAUCAGCUUUUAAACCCCCUCCCUCAUCCUACUAGUGUUGCUUUCACUUCCAUCACUUCAUUUGCAGAAGCAUUUGAGAAACGUUGAUCACUGAGACAAGAUCUCAUCCAUUACAGCAGACCAAUCUAUCUGCAUGUUCAGACAUUUAGCAAGAUGAGAGGAUACUUACUUGGAGUACUUGUACUUCUGAAAUACUGCAUUUGUGGUGAUGUGGUGGAUUUUGAUGGAGACAUCAAAGACUUUGUAGUUGGUAACGGUAAGCUGUUUGUUCUUACUGAAAAUCGACUGUAUCAGAUGAGACACGAUCUUUCUGAAGAGAAGAAGAAGAAUGACAUUAAUAAUAGCACUCAUCCAGUCAACAUUCUGGUGCCUUUUGACGACAACGGCACCCUGAUAACAUGUGGGACUUAUGAAGAUGGAUACUGUGAAGUUCUUGAUAUAAAUGACAUUAAAAACAGUAUUUACUAUGAAAGUAAUUUAUUUAUAGGACCGAAAGAGACUGAGAAAUCUGUAGCGUUUAUUGCGGGUACAAGCAGCAGUAGAUACCUUUUGAUUGGGAAAAAGCUCGACCAAUCAACAUCUCAAAGUCCCGUUGUUAGAUUGUGGAACACUCUACAGACUCAAUUUGGUGGUAUAUUAUCUUAUGCCGAGCAAGGAUCAGAGCCUGCCAUUCAAAGCACCGCGAAUGAUGUGAAGUUUGUUGAUGGAUUCCAGAGAGCUUCAUCCUCAGAUUUGUACUUAUUUCUUAACACAAAGACUGACUCUGAGAGGAAAGUUCAUGUUCUGUGGAUGAACAGCUCUAAAAGCACAAAGAGUGAAAUCUUCAAGUCUCUUCAGUCUGCAGUGAUAAAGUGCUGCAGUGAUAAAGCUCGUCCAGUGCUGGUCUCCUCUGCUGUUAUUCCCUCAGAGAAGGCUGUUAUUUGGGCAGGAGUGUUCAGUGCACAGGAUCAGCAGGACCCGGAGAACACUGCGCUGGCUCUCUACAACAUCAGCCGCAUUCAAGGCAGAGUCAAAGAGUUCUGCGCUGCCGGUGAAAGGAUGUGUGGUUCUGAGGUUGGAUGCGAAGUGAUGGGCAUCUUUAAAAAAAAAAAAAAAAACUGUAAAAGAAUGUGUAUUUGAUGAUUUCAGUGUUGAAUUAGGUUAUAUAAAGUGUAUUUUUCUCUGUGUUUCAGAGUGGCAGUAAUCUUCAGCCGCUCUCUGUGAUCAUCAAGUCCAGCUCAAUGUCAUCAGUAGCUGCAGUUAGAAAUGGAUCCUGGAUUGUGCUGUUCAUGGGAACCAGUGAUGGUCAACUGAUAAAGCUGGUUUUGGAUGAGAAUUACACACCAGGCUGUCCAACAGUGCUGUACAAGUCUGAUGAUGAACGAGCUGUGCUUCCCAGAUUGCACUUUGAUCCAGUAGAUUUUAAACACAUUUACAUUGCUCUGGGGAAAAAGGUGAGCAUGAUUAAAAACAAAACAAAAAAACUAAUAUGAUACCUAAUUUUGC